GCGAAAGUCAACUUCCGCAAAAUCAGCUGUAACUCCUCAACCACGGAAUGACUGUCCUUCCACGAAAACAAUAACCACUACUACCACCAAAAUUCCUACUUCUUUAAAUGUUCCUAAACAAGAGCCGAUAGUUGAAGAAACAAAGCCUAGUUCCGAUAUCGGAAAUCCCAAUGUUAAUCCACUUGAAUCUGACAAAUGUAAAAAUUCUUCUAACGUUUCUACUACUGAAGACAUGCAUAAUAUCCCAAAUUCUUAUAAUUCAUCAACCUUACAGCCAAUUACAACAACGUCUCCUUUCAAGGAUCCAAUGAAGGGAAAUUAUGAUUCAUCAUAUAUAUACCAUAAUAAUAUUUAUGAUUCUCGCCCUCUAAUUAAUAUUGUUCCUGCAAAAUCGUCGUCUGUAAAUGAUGUAAAGAAGUCGAUUAAUAAUGAUAGUAAUAUCCUUGGUCCUCCAAUUAUUAAUAUAGUUCCUACUAAAUCUUCUUUGCCUGUAAAAAUUAAUCAAUCAAACCAUGAUGAACCUUUAAUAUCUGAUCCUCAUACUUUAUCGAAUCUUCCUUCUUCUUCUAUAAAUCCUCCCAUAUCUUCACCCUUGGAAAAUAAAUUUCGUCGGAAUAGAAGUUCAACUAUAGUUAGUAUGAACUCUUUCUCAAGGCCUAAGAGUUCUGCUAUAGGAAAUUCUGUGACAGCGAUUGUUAGUGAAGAUCCUACCUUUACAAAACAUCCUCGAAAACGUCAACUUAAACGCAUGGGAUCUGCGCCUACUUUAAACAUUCCUUUUAUGCCUGUGACUAAGAAUUUAAAUAAAAUUUCUUCGACAAAGUCAAUGACGAAUUUGAAUGGAUUUGAAGCUAAUUCAGAUAGUGAAACUCCGAAACAAUAUCUUGAAAGAAUGAUGUAUAGUAUUUCGAGAUCAAAGUUGGUUACUAUAUUAGCUCAAAAAGCCGAUGCCUUUCAUCGAUCUGCUCUUAAAGCUUAUAUGGAAUCUUUUGAAUUUGAAAAAGUCCCUAUUGAUCUUGCCUUAAGGAAACUUUUAAUGGAUUGCAAUUUACCAAAAGAAACUCAACAAAUUGAUCGUGUUAUAGAAGCAUUUGCGAAAAGAUAUCAUGAAUCAAAUCCUGAUUUAUUUCCUUCUGCAGAUACACCUUAUAUUCUUGCUUUCUCUUUAUUAAUGCUUCAUACAGAUGCUUAUAAUAAAAGCGUGAGGAGAAAGAUGACAAAGGAAGAAUUUGUCAAGAAUACACGUAUCGAUGGUGUUAACCCUGAAAUAUUGGAGAUUCUUUAUGAUAAUAUCACUUUUGCUCAAUUUAUAUAUGCUCAAGAUGAUACUGAUGUUAAUGGUCAAACAAUGCUUGAAUCUCCAACACAACAUCGUCAAAUGAAAUUGUUCUCCUCUAAGGAACGGAGAAAGUCUACGCGUCCUAGGAAUGAUCCUUAUUGGGUUAUACAAACUAAAUUGCCAACUGAAUUUAAACCUAAAAUUAAAGAUAUUGUUCCUACUGAAAAUCCAUAUUCCUAUAUGGGAACUCUUCCAGCUUUAGACAUUGCUGAUCUUCACCGCGCAUUCUCUGCACCUCACACUAUUCGGAUCACGGGUGUUCAAAAUAGACGCAAGAGUCAUUCCUUUAAAAGUACAUCUAGUUCUUUUAAAUCAACAAAUGAAGAUGGAACUUUUCUUUUAAAGAUAACUAAAAGUGGCAAACUUGGAAGAAAGGUUGAUUUAAUAGAUGGUAAAAAGAAGACUGGUUUAAGAAGUUGGAGAAUAUAUGGUGUAAUAUUAAGUGGUAGCCAGCUAAUGUUCUUUAAAGAUGAAACAGGGUUUACUGCACAGAUGAAAAAAUUAAAAAAUUCAGAGGAAUCUGCAAUAUUACCUGUUUUAAAACCAGAUGUAAUACUUAUGACUGCGGAUUCUGUGGCAGUAUAUGAUAAAAAUUAUGAGAAAUAUAAAAAUGUCUUUCGUUUGGUAUGUCCAAAAGGUCAUCAAUAUUUAUUUCAAGCUGAAAGUGAAGCAGAAAUGAAUGAUUGGAUAUCAAAGAUUAAUUAUGCGGCUACAUUUAAAACGGCUGGAUUAAAAAUGAGAAACAUUCGAAAUCCAUAUGUUGGACAACAAAGACGAGGUGCCAAUAGUAGUGGACUGAGAUUUGGUGUUGGAAUGUUUGGGCAUAGUCAUGAUGCUGCUGCCAAAGAAUCUCAAGGACGAGCUAAUUUAGUUCGGGCAAAAAUUGAUGAACUUCAGGGGAAAAUUUCUGCGUUAACAUCACAACUUCAAACGGAUAUUCGAUUCAGAAAUAACCUAUUCCUAAUGAUACCAUAUAAAGCAUCAACAAGAGAUCGUAUAUUACAAGUAGCAACUUCUGUAGCAUCUCGACUAAAACAUACUUGUUUAGAAUUAAGUAGGCUUGUAUGUUAUAAUGAAAUUCUUGAAAAAGAUUUAUGUUCUACAGUAAUGGAAGAUAAAACAUAUUGGCAAAAUCGAAGAAGUUAUUUUACUCCUGGAGAUAAUAGUACCGAUGAGAAUUCAUCAUUUCUAAUUACAUCAGAUUUUCCAUCAAAAACUUUGGCAGUUCCUGAGACAUUUGGACAAUUAUUUGUCAAGGAACCUAUUAGUAGUGGUAAUAAAUUACUCGAUCCUGCUGAAAGAGAUGCAGAAAAUAAUUCACGAACGGUUUAUAUGAGAUCAUUACCUUGUAGUUCUACAUCAUCUUUAUCUUCAAAAUCAACACUUUCAAUUAAUGGAGAUAAUGAAGAAGAGUAUGAUUUUCAAGGAAAUGUUUCAGAGUAUGAACUUGAGAUAUUUCCAAGAAAUGGGAAUCGUAACGAUGAAGAUCGAGAUGAUAUUAGUUUUAGAGAUGAUGCCAGUAGUAUAAUUAUACUUGAAGAUGUUAAAGAACAAACAUCUUUAGCAAAUAGAAAUGAAAAUGAAGAAUAUGAAGCUAAUAUGCUUGAUUUAGGAUCAGAAUACAAUGGGGAACAUUCGGAAGGGAAGGGAAUACAUCUAACAGAACAGAAUGAAAUUGUAACAACAUUAUUGGAAAAUAAGAAAGAAGGCAAAACUGAGAAUGAAAAAUUGAAUAUUGGAAGCAUUCCAAAGAUUCAAAUUGAAGUUCCUCAAAUUCAGCUGGAUUUAAAACCUGAAAGUAGACCACCAACGAGUUUAGGAAUAAUAUCUAACGAAGUAACAGUACCUGUUCUCGUUAUAUCAGCUGUUGAGGAAGAAUCAAGGGACGAAACGAAUGAUGGAGAUAUUUCGGAUGAUGGUGGUGAUCAAUUCGUUGAUGCUGAAGAAUGGGAAUCAUAA